CGAAACAUUUGACCACAAGAUAAUGGAUCACAACAGUGGAGAAGGGAAACGCCUCCCACGAAUGGCAGCUUCUCUGAUGAUGCGUUUUGCCUCUGAGCGGGAGGCCACCUUUGGUCUGCAUAGGGCGAGCCUCAGGUCACCUCCUUCCCAGGGCCAUGGGACUAGGGAUUCAUGCCAGGCUGCUGGAGGGAACAGACCCAGGCCCCCUGACCUUCUGGUUCUAGCUCCAUCCGACGAACCCUCCUCGCCAGGGCCGCUGGUUCUGGAAGCCCAUACACCCAAACCGCUAUCCUUGUUGAAGGAUGAGGAUGAGGAAAUGGACCAGUUGGACUGCCUCUCACUCAGGAGCCUGGGAAGCACAUCAGAAGGGGAGAGCACCUCACUAGGGCAGAGUGACACAGCCGAGAGCUCUCCUAAGAGAGGCAAGAGGAUUGGAGUGAAGUUCACGGAGUGGCAUAAGAAUCGUGUGGCUGCCCUGUGCAGUGAACGCUUUGACAAACUGUUGUGGGAGUGCCCAGAGUACCACAGUACUAAAAGCUGUCUUGCAGCCUUUGUACUGGAGAGAGAGGUGGCAGACACAGGAGGCCAGUGUUGUGAGCAGUAUGAAGUCGUGGCACUGGGAACUGGGCAGAGCUGCUGCAGUAGUUGGCUCAGCUUCACAGGCUCAGUAGUCCAUGACUGCCAUGGCAUCGUGAUCGCCCGCAGAGCCCUCAAAAGGUAUUUAUAUAAGCAGCUGAUGCUGUUCUAUAGCCCUGAACCACAUCUUAGAGAUCGCUCUAUAUUCCAGAGCACUCCAGAGCAUCUGCUUCAGCUCAAACCGCAGAUCUACCUACACCUCUAUACCAACCAGACCCCCAAAGGAGCAGCACAAUGCAUACUAACGAUGUCCCAGAGCAGUGACUACCAGUCACUGAAGCUGCAGUGCUAUGCCAAAGGCUCCCUGGUCACUGCUGCCUUCCUGCCUCUCAGCCUCUGGGGUGCUCGGAUCUGUUGCAUGUCCGACAGUGACAAACUCACCCGCUGGACUGUUACCGGAGUCCAAGGAGCGUUGCUGAGUCACUUCAUUAAGCCAUUGUACAUCACAAGUGCCAUACUUGGUGACUCCAAAAAUUACUCAGAAAAAGUUUGCAACACCAUCUCCAAGCGCCUGGGUACAGGUCUGAAUGAUUUACUGACCCCUCCCUACCAACAAACUACCAUCUUCUUUCAGGAUGGAGAAAAAGUGGGACCAGUUGUGAGCUCAGAUGUCUGCAAAGAGCUCAGUAUCAACUGGUCUUUUGGAGACUCCAGCAUUGAAAUUCUUGACAGCACCACUGGCUAUGCUAUCAGUUGUUCUCCAUUUGUGAGUGGGCCUGGGUUCACCAGUAGGCUAUGCAAAAGAGCCCAGUACUUCUGCUUCAGAAAACUGGCCAGGCUUUCUGGUCAAGAAGACCUCCUGUCUUUUUUGACCUACAACAAAGCUAAGAUGGCUGCACAGCUGUAUCAGAAAGCCAAGACUAUAGUGAACCAACGGUUCUUGGCCAACAACGCUGGACCUUGGAACUCAAAAUGUCUGGUUGACUGUUUCAGCCAUUGACUCUGUACAAAGCUUGUUACUUUAGUCUUAACUGUUCUGCCAUUUUGAAGAUCAUUUGGAAGUUCUGGGAUGGUUUGUAUUUCUUUGGGGGGUUUUUUGUGUGCUGUUCUUUCAAGAAAUAACGUUUAAUAUCAUUGAGAUUUGUGAAGCUUCACAACAUUUUGUAGUCUGUAGAAAAGGCAGACAUUUGUGGUUAUUUGUACCUUUACAGAUGGAACUUUGUUGGCUUUCUGAGUUUGCCUACUGUAGAACAAAUUGCUUUAAGAGCAAUUUGAUCACCUCAGUUGGUCAUAUUUCAUUUAAGUGUCAGGUAAUUUUCAGACCUGAAGCAUGAUAUGAAUGAUUAAAAUAUUCUCCUUAAUGUCAUAUUUAAUAAAAUGUUGCUAUUCCCUUGUGUAUAUAUAGGUGUUAACAAAUCCAUUGAUGUCAUAUGAAAAGUAUUGACUAUCGCAAUUAA